AUUUGCGUAACACCACAUCAGACAACUAUAGACGCGCCAAUGCGUCUAGACAUGCACGUGACAAUAUUUCAGCCAAUAAGAAUGGUUUUACUCUUUGCUGCACGUCGGCAAGUGUUACCGUUGUGCGCUAUGGUUGUGAGACGAAUUAGUUGAUGUGAAUCUGCCAGCUCUUUACAUGCUGUCUAGACGUGUAAGUUUGCGACGUGAUCAAGGAACUUAGAUCUUCCUUUCGCAUUUUAGGCCACGCAAAUCUUUCAGAUCGGCUGGAUGUGAUCGCCAAGAACAAAUGUUCAGCUUAUAUGUUCAAGUUGUUGAGACUGGUGAACAAACUGUCCCUACUCGAGAGUUACUUCGUUCUCACAGCCCGCAAGGAUUUUUCGCCUGAGGAAAGUGCCGAACUGAAGUCAAUAACUCAUUCCAUCUUAAAGCGACUCAACGACAGCGAAUUCACAGCUCUGCAAACGGCGCUGGAAUCGAAAGGCGGCCUUCAGACGAGUUGUAUUUUCUUUCCAACGCACGAAAGACUGGGCAAGCGCGUAGUUGUCGAACCGCAAGUUGUUUUGUACCGAGUAUUUCGACUCCCGCAAGUUCGAAGCUCCUCGGAACUUAAGCGUAGUCCAUGCUGCUCGACACGAAAUGGCUUCGACAAGAAAGUGUGUAUCAACCCUUUCCACUACAGUACAGUCGUGAACAGUGGACCAUCUAGUGGGAUUUACACAGCCCUACCGAAAGCAAUGGAGGUUAAAAACGACGAGUCUUCUGGGUUUUUCAGUAACCAUACUCAAUCGACAACUUGCCCCAUGGACAGCCAAACCUCGUACACGGAGUCUGCUCUGCGGAAUAUAGGGGCAGAUUACUGCAAUGCGACGGAUAAAAGUUGGUCUAGGCCGUGGUGUUCGAUCGCUUAUUGGGAACAAAGUGAAAGAAUUGGACCGUCGUUUGAAGGGACUGCUGAUGUUAUCAACGUAUUCGAAAGUCUACCCGAGCCCAGUGGGUUCUGUUUAGCUGCACUCGAUCGGCGAAGUGACGUACCUGAGCGAACUAAAAGAGUGCGAGAACAGAUCGGUUAUGGACUACAGUUGACACGCGAAGUUGAUGGAGUUUGGAUUUAUAAUCGAAGUGACUGUUCGCUAUUUGCAAAUGGUCCAACGCUGACUUACUCGAACGAAAGCAUGGCUGGCGGAAAAGUUAGACAUAAUAUUCUGGUGCAUAAAAUUCCACCCGGAUAUUCGCUCAAGGUGUACGAUUAUAAAUUAAGCCCACAAGUAUGCCGGGCAGUGGACAGCGCUGGAGUGAGGUGUUAUCACCCCGAGACAGUGCGAGUAAGUUUUAAGAAAGGUUGGGGAGUUACAUCAACUUCUGAAUACCGUCAACCACUCGUAACAUGUUGUCCGUGUUGGAUCGAGGUACAUCUGUCGGUUGCGCGGUAACACGCGUGUACGAGCGAGACCAAGAUAAGAUCCAUGUAAAAGGCGAUUUGUUUAUGUGGCGGCUUCCUUUCGAUCGGAUCGUCUAGCAUUUCACAGAGUUAUAGAAACAUGAGUAUGAUACCUUCAUAGAGUAUAUUAUGUAUAUUGUAUAUAGAAUAUUGACUGGCCGAAAAUAUAAUUUAAGGACCUAGUCCGUGAACGAGCUAAAUUUGGACAGCGAUGAAGUAGACAUGUCUCCAUAGGAGAGAAACAGAUUCUCUAAUUGUACAGCGUAUUGUUGUUUAAUGUUGUUACGCGAGUGAAAAAACACACUAAGAAUGAAUAUAUUAUAUUUUCAAUCACGGCUCUUGUUGUGAUUAAGUUUCCUUGAAAAACGAAAGUAUUUCGGCAGCUUCGGUGUAGGUGUUGAGUGCAUUUUGCGCCCUGAAAUUGCUCUGAUGUCAUUCAACCCUAAUCCGUCGCAUGCGGUUGACCAGACAUUCGAAUAGACCUUCCGUUUCAUUUGUCUAAAGAAUAGCCUUGUUUCGGUAUUACUCUGUAAUUCUUUGCUACGAAUGCAAUAUGCUGUUCUUAAAACCUGUUUAUGGGUUAAAUGAAGCGCUGAAAAUCUUUCAGACAGGUAGCUUAUCAUAAAGAUUAAUGUUUAGUACUAUCUUUUGACACAACUAAGCUAUAUAUUCAUAGUUAUCGGGCCGAAACCACUUUGUAUACAUUACGCGUGAUAAUUCAUUCGAUGUUGACUGAGUAAAACCUAUUUAUGGUGAAA